GCCUCGAAUCAUUUUGAAACAACUAAAGAAGUUCCAUCCAUAUUCAUUAAUUCACUGCAGAAAUUAGUAGUUCGCCGGGAAUCACCAGUUGUACGAUUGAUUCAUCUAUGGAAGCAUCUGAUUAUUAGGCAGUCCUAACAUCAAUGGGGGACCGGCACAGAUGGUGGUUUCUCCACCUUUGUUUCACUCUCUCUCUCCUCGAAUCAGCUGCCGCCGGUUUACGACGAUUUCGGUUAACCGCCACAAUUCGCCACCGCCGUCGUCUUCUUCCAGCUCCUGCUCACCUUCACCUAAUUCUUCUUACUCUGCUUUCUCGUCUCAUCGCCCGGGGCGUUAUUGGAAUUUCAUUACUUUCUCCGGCAAUGGAAUUGUGGAAUUUCUGGAGUUUCGUGAUUGGCGUAUUGGUUUUUUACUGCUUGAAAGUUAUCCGGAAGCAUCACAGCCUUAAGGCUCAAGCGAUGAGUACUACUCAAGGAGAUCUUUCAUCUCCAACGGCCAUGAUAAAUUUGGAGGACAAACCCGAUCAUCUUCUCGUUCUUGUUCAUGGCAUCAUGGGGAGCCCAAGCGAUUGGACGUAUUGUGAAGCAGAGUUGAAAAGGCGAUUAGGGAAAAAAUUCUUGAUAUAUGCGAGUUCUUGUAAUAUGUAUGCCAAGACUUUCACAGGCAUUGAUGGUGCUGGUAGACGACUGGCUGACGAAGUCACGGAGGUCGUGAAGAAGGCAGAUAGCUUAACAAAGAUUUCAUUUUUAGCCCAUUCACUUGGUGGAUUAAUUGCAAGAUAUGCAAUUGCUGUCUUGUACACACCUAAUGUUUUUUCUGAUUAUCCUGAUGAUACAUACACAAACUCCGAACCCUCAUCUCCUCCAAAUGGUGGCUUGAUUGCUGGCCUGGAAGCAAUUAAUUUUAUUACCCUGGCGACACCACAUAUUGGAGUAAGAGGGAAAAAACAGCUUCCAUUUCUUUUGGGUGUGCCUUUCUUGGAGAAAAUUGCUCCGCCGAUUGCGCCUAUUUUUACUGGGCAAACUGGCAGUCAGCUCUUUCUCACUGAUGGAGACGCCGAUAAACCUCCUCUCUUAUUACGAAUGGCCUCAGACUGUGACGAAGGAAAAUUUUUGUCUGCACUAGCUGCUUUCAGAUGUCGGGUCCUUUAUGCAAAUGUGUCUUAUGACCAUAUGGUAGGUUGGUGCACUUCCUCCAUUAGAAGAGAAGAAGAACUCGUUAAACCUACAGAUGGGUCAUUGGAUGGCUACGAACACAUUGUGAACGUGGAGUAUUGCCCCCCAGUUUUGUCUGAGAGCCCGAAUUUCCCUUCGGAGGCAGCUGAAGCGAAGGAGGCUGCUCAAAAUGAUCCUAGCACACAGAACACAGUAGAAUAUCACGAGAUAAUGGAAGAUGAAAUGAUACGUGGAUUACAACGAUUGGGAUGGACGAAAGUUGAUGUUAGCUUUCACUCAGUACUCUGGCCGUUCUUUGCACACUACAAUAUUCAGACUUACAUCACACACGCCUCCCCCCCUCCUACUCUCUCGCCUGCGUCCCCCUCCGCCGGCGUCGUCUCCUCUCCCAACGUCGGCGUCGUCUCCUCUCCCAGCACCGACCCUCAUCUUCCCCAGCGCCGGCCGCAACGAGCUCUCCUGUACUGCCCAGCCGCGGCCCUUCUCCUCUCCCACCGCCGCCGACCUCUAAUGCCCAGCUCUCCUCAAAAUUGAAAUUGAAAUCGGGGCUGGAUACCUGAUUAUUCGGGACUGGAUACCCGAGUCGGGUAUUCGGGUAUCCGAAAUCAAAAUCGGAUCGGGUAUCAUGUACUAGAUUUUGGGAAAUUCGGGAUUGGGUACCCGAAAUUUUCGGAUCAGGUAUCUGUGGAUACUCGAUUUGACAGGCCUAUACACCACCACACGGCUUAUAGAAGCGACAGUCCUUCAAUUCAUACCUUGAUUGUAAUAAACAGGUGAAAAACGAAAGGUUUCAUAAUGCUGGAGCCGGAGUGGUGUCGCACGUUGCCGACACCAUAAAACAAUCUUCGCCAUGUAUAGGUGUUAAUUAGUCGUUGUACGCUGACAACAUGAUGGAAAGUUCUAGUUUCCACAUAAUGUGUAUCAUCAUUCUCAGGAUGAUAAUCUUUUAAUUAUAUAUGAUGGUUAUAUUUUCAUCCACCAAUCAAAGGGGAGAAA